CGCUCUUAAAUUAAAAACACAACAUUUAUAACUCAAACAAGCACUGCUGUGGAUGCGUUUGUUUUCUUAAAGUCUGUAAUUUAAGAGCAGUGAACACCUUAAAUCGACGAGAGGUCGCAUUAAGCCAUAACACGUGAGUGGAGAGUUAGCUGCGUGGCUAAUUCACAUGCUGUUUUACUGCUGACGUUACAGCCAGCCGAGUUUACUGUGGAGAUAAUUGUCGUACAGUCAUUCAAGAAAGGGAGCUUUGUGUCUGCUUGUAUGGCGACUGGCAGAAUGAAACUGGAGCUGUUCCGGGUGGUUCAGGGCACAGGUCGGCUGGGUGUCCUGACGGGGCUCGGCAGGACGGGGCAGCACUCCCUGGAGGUCCCGGGGUGCCUGCUGUACACGCACUGUGGCACAGUCCCUCACCUCACCCAGGACACACUGCACACCCUGAGCACCCUCCCCUCUGUCACUCAGAUCACCUUGUCCAAUAUAGCAGAGCACCAGGAGGUAUUGGAGGAAUUUAAGGAUGGAUUCAAGAAGUUUUCAGGUCUUCAUGAUACAGUGUUGUACUGCUCACUUCACGACCCUGCGGCCUCAUUCCCGACAGGUCAUACUACUUACAAGACGGUGUCAGUGUGGGGUAGCGGCGGGAGAAUAGAACUAACCGUGGAAAAGUUCAUGGAUCUCCAGAAGACCAUACAGCCGGACUGGUACCAGAGCAUGGCAGACGGAGAGACCUGGCAGACCAACACUUCGCGUAAAAGGGUUCGAAAGUCGGUGGAUCGAACUCUCGCCCACUUAGACGAGUGUUUGCUGCUCCACCAAAAAUCACAGGAGUUGGAGAGAGUGGAGAUCUUCGGGGUGGUGGAGGGAGGAGACAUCCUGGAAGAGAGGGUACGCUCAGCCAAGGAGACUGCCAAGAGGCCUGUGGCAGGAUUCUGCCUGGAUGGCCUCCAGACAGGCUCUAUGGACCAGGCCCUGAGGACCCAGCUCAUCACUGCUGUGACCAAAGAGCUGCCUGAUGACAAACCCAGACUGCUGCAGGGUGUGGGGCAGCCUGAUGAGGUGCUGGGGUGCGUGGAGGCCGGUGUUGACCUGUUCGAGAGUUUCUUCCCCUUCCAGGUGACGGAGCGAGGCUGCGCCCUUUCUUUCAGCUUUGACAUCUCCCCGGAUCCAGAGCGCGCAGGUAGAGCACCCCCUGCAGUGCUGGAGCUGCACAAAGACACGGACACAGCAGGGGAGACGCAACAGAAUGGAGAUCAUGUUAUUGAUGAUCAAACACAGAUGACAUCCUUUGAGAUCAAUCUCAAAGACAAGAGAUACCAAGAUGACUUCAGGCCCCUGGUGGAGGGGUGUGGCUGCUAUUGCUGUAAGAACCACCAGAGGGCGUACCUGCACCACCUGCUGGUGACCAAUGAGCUGCUGGCUGGAGUCCUGCUCAUGAUCCACAACAUAGCCCACUAUCACGGUUUCUUCGGCGCCCUGAGAGAAGCUCUGGCCAACGAUAAACUGGACCUCCUCAAGAGACGGGUACUCGGGGAGAGAGAUGAGCAGAUAAAAACAAAGUUAUAAGCCGGAUGAAUCAGUGAUAGGCAAGGAUUGUUCUGGGGGGAGAAGGGGGGAAGGGCUCCUCCUCUUCUCAAGGAUCGCUGGACUAGCCUGACCAGAGGCAAUCGAAGUGCUAUCUUGCUCUUCCCAGUCCAGUCACAGUAUCAACUGUUAAACUGCAGAGUCCUUGAGACUUUUCUUGAGUCUCUAUAUAUGUUACCAAAGUCAUCCGUCUCAAGCACAGCUAAGUGCAAAGGAUGAAAAGAGAACAGAGCAGAUAAAGACAAUCCUUUGAUGUUGAGUCAGGAGAUGGAUCAGAGUUAGGUGGCAGAAGAAGGAAAGGAGCUGGAUUAGAGGUCGAGAGCAAUUUGCAUAAAGAAAGAAAUGUGACGAUGGAUGGUGGUGGACUAUUGACAAUAACUGAAUCCCUUUGUGACUAAUGUCUUCUGGACUCACUGACAUAGCAGCAUAGACCAGAGGGAGAACCAACUCGAGUGACCAAUUACAGGGAAGAAAUCAACAAAAUACUCUGCUGUUAUUCAUUAAAAAUUCAUGUGUAUAACAAGAUUUCCUUAAACUUUGACAUCUCAUACUUUAUUGAUCUAAUCAUCAAGUUUUUGCCAUUUGUUCAUGUUCUCUAUAAAUAUUUUUAGUGCUUCAGUUGAAUUCCUCUAAUAGGAUGAGCUGUUCACACAUGAGGAGAAGGAGCUUCCCAUUAAACAUGUCCACGCUGCUCUCCACA